AUGUUUUUGGCAGUUUUCUGCUGUAAUCGUAGUGUGUACGUUUUGAAAGAGAAACUUUUUUGGAAAAAGGCCAUUUUAAUAAUAAGAAUAAGGAAAAACAUUGCAUCUUUAAUACUUUAUUAAUUAUUGUAGUGAAAAUAAUAAUAAUAAUAAAAAUGCCGAAAGUUGUUUCAAGAAGUAUUAUUUGUUCAGAUACAAAGGAUCAAGAAGAAUAUAGUGAAGAGAAACCUUUGCAUAUUUAUUAUUGUCUUUGUGGACAAAUGACUUUGAUUUUAGAUUGCGCUUUGGAAAAGUUACCUCUUCGCAAACGAGAUGGUGCAAGAGUUAUCGAUGGCAGUAAACACGCACAUAAAAUGACUUUCGAACAGGAUGAAGCUGUCUUUUUGAAACGUCCCGAAGGAAUCGAGAAACAACACAGAUUGAAGUGUAAAAAAUGCGGUUUAUUGCUUUAUUACAAAUUCGAUCUCGCCGCCAAUAUUGUAUUUAUCGUGAAAGGAUCAGUGAUUAAAAGUUCUGGAGAGGGUCCAAUGACUGAUAUUUACAAUCAAGUGGCCGUCGAGAAACCAAAGAAGAUAAUGGUUACUAAGCACACGAAAAAUAUGGGCAAAUUCAGUUCCGUGACAGUGUCGACGAUAGAUGAAGAGGAAGAUGAAAUCGAAGCUAGAGAAGUUGCUGAUUCGUACGCAAAUAACGCGAGGAUAAUUGAAAAACAACUUGAGAGAAAAGGAAUGAAUAAACGAAAAGCAAUGGCACCACCGGAAGCAGACCCGAAACGAACAAGACCGAGAGGAACGUUAUUAGAUAUAUAAGUUUCAAACUCGAAAUUUUUUUCAUCUACCAAAACUUGAAAGAAAGAAAUUAAACUAAAUUUUUUACACAUUCCGUCAAAAUUGGAUAGGAUUGGAAUUUUUGUAAAAGGUCUCGAACUUGAAAUUU